AUGGCGUCUGUACAGACCCCGUGGACCUCAAUCCUGCUACAGGAGAAGCCUGGACUACACGAAUACAACCACGCUCUCUCAAACGUUGAAAAGUAUUACACUCGGUUAGAGCGAGCCAUGGAAGAUGGAUCCAUCCAUGACCAACUUGUUCUAAACCCAGACCAAACACACGCACGCCUGCUGCGAUCCUUCGAAAUUCUGAGAGCCAAACAACUCCCAGGACCUGUUGCCGAGGAGAUCUUCAAGACUAUGGUCCUUCGCUUCAUUCACGACAACAUAUUCUCGCUACAACAGAUUGUUCAACUCGUUGGAUCCGCGCUACCUCUCAUCAUCAAACAACAUUCUCAAUGUCUGCGAGAGCUCGCCAACACCCUGCUCUCGUCACAGGGGUUGUUCGACCACCUGGUGGCCAACGAAAAGUACACAGUGGUUUUGAAGGAAUGGCUGUUGUCGAAAAGAAACCAUCUCCCCCUUGCUCUCUCUAGGCAGGUGGGAGACAGGCUGAUCGCUAUGUGCAAUGCCUGUUCCGCUGAUCAUGGAACUGAUGAUAUCGUGGAGAGCUGGGAUAUUGCUCAAAAACUGAUUGAAUCUAUCAACUCGCUCAUUGACACAUCUUAUGAAGAAGAAUUGAACCGGGCAAAAGUCGAGAAUCUACCUCCUCUGGAAUCAAUGAAGGUACUCAGUCGGGAUGACAAAAAGUCGACACCCGCGCAACAAGCUCCUAAGAAGGAAGUGAAAAAGGAAUUCAAAGUCUCGAGCGAGAUCCUUCGGCAGAUGGACCACUUCAACAUUCCAUCACCUUUGUCCGCGAGAGGCCUCACCCAUGCAGCAGAGCAUCUUCAAAAUGAGAUAAUCCCAGCACUUAUGCGCUCGGCCCUGGAAAGCUUCCCAUGCAGAAUCUGUUUGGAUAGGCUCACUACCGGGAGCCUUACAGGCACUCUGGCCAGUUCGACGGACCUACCUUCGGAGCGAACUACAGCACCGGGAAGUUCACAAGAUAUUUUCGGAAAAAGAGUCGGUCUUUGGAAGGUUUUGCUGUCUGACAUCGCUUUCAAGAAUGCAAAAAAAUUGGUCCGCGGAGGUGACUUUGGCGGAGUGGAACAGAAGCUCAGAGGUUUGGCAAGCGGCGAAUGGAAAGGCAAAGAUGUAUCUCACCGCGUGGGAUCUAAACAACAGAAGAAAAGAAUGCAAGUUCCUAUUUUAGAAGUGAGCGCUUCUGCAACAGUGUCAAUCUUGUGGCAGGUUGAUGUCGGCUUUUACAACGAGCUUCCAUGGGUUCAGCAGCAGAUUGUCAAAGUCUGGCAAAUCGUGAAUUCGGAAGAGGAGGACAAGUCCGCUAACUUGGUUUUGCAGUUAGAAACCGCCAUUGAGCAAAUAAUUUUGAUCCAGGAGUCAUACGCCCCUGAACUUGCUCAGCUCUGUUUGGAACGUCCUGUUCAGCAAUCCGACGGAACUUGGACACCACAGCGGUUCGAAAACGUGAAAGAGACUGGGUCUUAUCAAAUGAAAUCCAUUGCUUCCUCCAAGGCAAGCCCAGCUCUGAUCGAGAUGUCAAACAAAUUUUACAAUCUCACUGAGCCGUUUUUGAAGUCGAUCGUUGAUGAAAAUGGCACGGAGGAGUUUCCAUUUGAUCUCUCACCCGAGGAAUUAGAAAUUGUGAAGCAUUUCAACACAUCAACCUUGAUUCUCGGACGAAGUGGUACAGGAAAAACCACCUGUUUGUUGUUUAAGAUGCUGGCCAAGCACAAAACAAGGCAGUCAACCUCGGAUGAGCAGCAAUCUCGACAGCUUUUCUUGACUCGCUCCUCCUAUCUGGCUUCAAAGCUUCAAACAUAUGCCAAAAGUCUGAUAGACGCUCAGUCCAAGGCUCCAUCGACUGAAGAGGAUAUAGACUCAGAUUUAAAACCGACUUCGUUCUUCGCCUUGAAGAAUUGGCAUUUUCCAGUCGUCUGCACUUAUGACGAAUUUCUUGGGCUUCUGGAGAAUACAAUCAGAAUGGCUGAUCGAAAAGACUUCCUAAGAGACAUCAACCCCAACAAGGCAAAGGGUCUGGACCCACAGGUGAGAGACAGGCCACGAGUGAUUGACUUCAGCAUUUUCAAAACAGAAUACUGGGGCUCUCUCAGUGGAUUAGCUCCACCAUCUUGCUCUCCAGAGCUCCUCUUCGCGGAGAUCAUGGGUGUCAUUAAAGGCUCCAGUGUCACGGCAAAAAGCCUGAAGCCAUUAUACCGUGCAGAAUAUGUCAAGAAGAACGCGAAGGCCUCUCCCGCUUUUACCACCGAGACAGAGCGUGAGAAAGUAUUUGGAGCUUUUGAGCGCUAUGAGAAACAAAAGAAGCUCCGCAAGGAGAUCGACGAGUUGGACCGUGUCAGUGGCUUAUUGAAGUCCCUGAGAGACAACAAAGCUCUAUCAGAGCAGAUCCAGCGCUGCUUUGAAGAGGUCUAUGUUGAUGAAAUCCAAGACUUGCGUUGUCUGGAUAUUGUCUUACUUUUGGGCUGUCUCAGUGACGCCCGUGGCAUUCACCUUGCUGGUGAUACUGCCCAGUGCAUCUCAAAAGAUUCGGUUUUCCGGUUCCCUGAGAUAAAGGCUUUGUUCUACGAACAUUACGAAGUCAUUGCCAAUGAACUAAAUCAGCCGUCAUUUGCCAAGCCUGUUCAAUUCUCUCUGGCGAAGAACUAUCGGUCACAUCAGGGCAUUCUAAGUUUUGCAUCAUGGGUAAUGCAGCUACUCUGGCACGGAUUUCCGGAAACAAUUGACAAACUGGACCCAGAGAUUGGCUACAUUGGAGGACCGAAGCCAAUUAUCUUUGCGGGAUUUGACUCCUCGAUUCUUUCUGCCAAAAUGAUUGGCCUGGUCAAGCUCAACGACAAGGUCGCCGACUUUGGGGCUGAGCAAGUCAUCCUUGUCCGAGAUGAUGCAUCAAAGGACAAACUGCAAAUCCAGAUUGGCGAGAUUGCCCUUGUUUUGACAAUCCUAGAAAGCAAGGGUAUGGAGUUUGAUGAUGUCUUGGUGUAUGACUUCUUCGGCAGCAGUGGGCUUGGCAGUAGCUACCGGUGCCUAUACAUGCUUGCUCAAGCAUCACGAGCGCAAUUUGAUUCUCAGAAACAUGCAGCUUUGUGCUCCGAACUUAAGUCACUUUAUGUUGCUGUUACUCGAGCUAGAAAGCAACUUUGGUUCAUGGAAACCCAAGAAAAAAGCGUUGAUCCCAUUCUCCAAACUCUCUCACAAAGUAACAGCCUCGAUCUUGCUGAAGUUGUGAAGCAGAAAGACCCCAAUGUUGCAGCAAAGGUCAUGGUUCUGCGGGCCGGUGGCUCGGUGGACCCAGAAAGGUGGCUCAAGAGAGCAGCACAUCUUCUCCAUCAGAAGAGCUUUGCAGAGGCAUUGUUUUGCUACAAGAAGGCCAAUGAUCCCCGAGGAAUGACACACUCGCAGGCGUGUUUGCAUGAACAAGAAGGAAGAUCCCACCGAGCAGCUGGAGAGACUGAUGAAUUUACCGCGUGUUAUGAGAAAGCCAUUGUUCUUUUCCUUGAGAUUGGUCUCAUCUCAGAAGCGGCGAUGUGUUACGAGGGACUUGGACAAUUCAGCAAAGUUGCAGAAAUAUGGAAGGAUCGUGGGCAAUAUCAAAAAGCUGCAUCUUUCUAUGAGAAAGGCCAUCUUUUCACCGAGGCUUCAGUGUGUUAUCAUUCUUGUGGUCAGUACGAGGCGGCAAUCGAGGUCUUGCGCCGCGGAGACCAGUUCGAUGAACUUGUCACCUAUGCCAACAGGAACCGCGAGUACCUCAGCGAGACGACCUUGCUUCGUUAUUCGAGACUCUGCAAUAUCUUGCUGAAGCAGGGACGUGUCUCUGCCAGUCUGAGGGCGAUAACCAUCAACAUGCUUGGUUCUGAUGUGUCCAAGAUUUCUUUUUUCAAAGAGUUCGAAAUGUGGGACCAGCUGCGUGCGCUCUAUUCAUCAAAGUCCAGAUGGUUUGAGUAUUAUGAUCUAUCAGUCGCUGUUGGUGACAUACCUGCGGCGAUAAGCACAUUGCUGGUUCACAAAUUGACGCCAGUGGUGGACAAGUCAGUUGUCGAAAAGCUGUUCAAUUAUUCCAUGGUCGAAGUCCUGUACGCCCACAGAGACGUGAUUCCGGACAAACCUGAGCGAAAUGGGCUGCUGAAAUCAGUCAAAUCAACUUACCUUGAAAAACUUGGGGCUCAGUGGAAAGCCCUAUUGCAAUUGAUCGAAGAUUUUGAGGAUAUGGAUUUACCUGCUUCAGUUAAAAACCUGGAUAAAGGUCUUUUGAAGGACGCCUUCUGUCUUUUUGUGAUUGCUUUCGAGCCGUCCGUGUUCACCAAGCAGAAAGUCGAACACCUUCCAAUGGAUAUUGUGAUCCGAGUUGGAAAGUUGCUGCAGGAUAUUUAUGCCCGGAACCAAUACUCACUUACUUGCCUGGCUAUGGUUUGUGGCAUUUUUGCCAACCCAAAACAAGAGAGCCAGACGAUCUUACUUCAGUGGUCUCCAUUGAGGACUUACACAGAAACACCUCUCGAUGCAUGUUCAUUCGAGAACUUGCUGGACAUUGCGAAAGACUUCAUUCAAGAGAAGUUUGCAGCAGCACUUACUCAAUUCCAUGAGAGUGCAUACAGUCUCAUGAAAAGAGAUUUUCCGCUGACAUGUUUCCAGCAACUCUACAAAGGAUUUUGUUCCAAACUUAAAGCCAAUGAAUGCUUCUGGGGUCAUGAGAAGCCUACUGCAGAAUUCGCUAUUGCGAAGUUGAAUUGCCUUCUCACUGUUGCUGAGGUUUUUGCGCGGCUCACGCCUGUUUAUUACCAAAGAGUUAUGGGUGAGGCUUUCAGCAAACCAUUUCUGGGUCGUAGGAGAACUUGGAUGCAACAUCUCCAAGAGGAGCUAGUGAUUGUCACUUCACUAGACCAGUCCUCUACAGCGAUUGCAAAUCUGCGUUCCAACUUGCAAAGUAAUCCAGAGUUUGCUGCAACUGCAUACUGCCUUGAAGAGUUGUUGUUCUAUCGCAUGAACAAGGAAGGGGCCUCAAUGAGCAGUUUGAGCUCUUCUCUAGAGAAGGUCCAAGAAGCUCAGAUUCUCGGCCCUCACCCAGCGACGCGUUUCCAGCGAGCACUCGUUCUGAAUAUGGAUCGCAACAUGCCACCACGCCCUCGGCGAUCCGGCCAUCCGCUGGCGUUGCCUUUUACAGCAUUGAAUGCUGCUGAGAGAAUUCGGUCAGCGGUUGCAAGACGCCACGGUCAAGACUUCCACAACGGCGUCGGCGCCUUUGUCCAAUGUCUCGAGAAAACACCCAAAUCUUCCCUUGGGUCGUUCCAUGCUGUUCUUUCUGUGCUCGAAUUUGCAGCUACGUACAUUCUUUGUAUUGCCAAUCCAGGAAAGGGUAUCGUAAUUCCCUGGUCCUGGGCCUUGCAGCAUCUGUCGACAAUUAUGCAAUCUCCUGCAAAAGACUACAUGUUCAAGGACAGAGAAAUCCGAGUUCACACAACCGACUUGAUGAACAUUGUCGUCAUUUUCUGCAACCUCAUGGAACAGGUCGAAAAUGCGCUCAAUAACGGCAUUCUCAGGUUCCAAGGACUGGGACGCAGUAAUCUUCCAAUUCCUAUUGUCAAACGGCGCUGCACUGAGCUUCUGACGACGGUGAAUCUCAACCUGAACCAUUGGCCCAAGCAGCCAAUCGGUUUUAAGGAGAUGGAGAAGGUAGUAAACAAGACGCUUCGAUCAUCCCUUAUUCCACCGGGAAUGGCACUGGAAUUUUCCAACAGUGAUAGGUUCCGACAAAGUUGCAUACGCGAGUAUGCAGCCUACAACAAUAAAGACGAGUUGUGCGUCAUUGCACUUGACGAUAGGAAGUCCGCUCCUCUCUUCCUACGGUCUUUCACACAAGGGAACGCGAAAUUCGCCCAGCUAAGUGAGAUCCUGCAAGUCUCGCGCAUUGCCGAGAACCCACUAUCCAUGGGUCUGGGAGAAGACUGGCAAGUUGACGAAUACACCGGUUACGAGCUCGACAUGAUCACAAACCUUCAGCGACGCUGGCGACAAGUGAUGGAGGUCCUCGAGAACAACCGCCGUAGGGCACAAACCCGCGAGGGCAAACUUAUUCAGCACUUCCAUGAGAUGUGCACGAGACGGAUGAGCGUUCUACCCGCUGCCGCUUGGUCAACUCGGGAUAAAAUACACAUGCGCAAGGUAAUAUUCACCGACGGCAUGAAGAUCGCCAUGUCUAUUGAUGGUGUCCUUGACAGCUUCCGACAACUGAAGGACCGAUGGAGGCAGCAAUUCGACAGCAAUUGGUCCACCGCAAAGCUAGAGGAGCUCUCUGUCAUCCGCGGACGCAUUCUGCCGAUCGAUGGACAGCUUGAGUACAUUGUUGAGCACUGGUCUCCCAAAGGCAUUGAGGAGGGUAUGAUGACCAUUCAGGCUGAGGACCUCGGUAUCUCAGCCCGUGAGGCCCAGCGCGCCCUCUGGGCUGUUCAGCGCGAGAUUGAAAUCAUUCGAUAUCAGGUUGAGAUCAUUGCGAAGACUGCUGACCGGUAAGGGCUAUUUCCCCUUCCAUGAUUGAUCAGCGGAGGCUCGACAACAAAAAACCGCAAAAACAUAUGAAAAUAUAAAAAAUAACCGCAAAAAAAAGUUAACCGGGGAUGAUUUGUGUGAAACAAAGAAAAUUUGUUAAUAUCUGGCUUCUGAUCAUUUUAUGGCUGGAUGAGAUACGA